AUGUCGAGCAUCUUUAGCUUUCGCCGCAUGGCCACGGCGGUGGGCCUGACCGCCAUUCUCGCUUAUCAGUAUGGUGCCCCGAUUCAUCGUGGCGUCGUCAUUUUUGGUCUACUCCGCGGCGCAAGCAACACCGUCGUGGCUGAUGGCGAUCUUGUUGUGAUUGAGGGAACAAAGCACUGUGAAGACAUUCACCACCAUGAGCCAUCUCAAUCGCUCUUCUUGGCUUGUGAAGGCGCCAACUCGCCUCGCCGCGACUGGUUCCCUCCUCUCAGCAUCUACACUAGCAUUGAGCGUGGCAAUGAGGCACAGGCUGAGUUUCGCGUUAUUGAUACAACGACUAUGAAGUCGAAGCCGCUCAACUUGGUAGACUUUUCCGGCCCCUUCAUUUCUCAUGGCAUAGAUGUUCUUGAGGACCCCCAGCAGCCACUAGGCAAGGCCGUGUAUCUCUUUGCUGUCAACCACAAACCCGAUGCAGCCCACUGGGGGCCCAAUGGCUCCCCCGAGGCCAACAAGAGUCGGUCUGUUAUCGAAGUCUUUCACCACGUUAUUGGAAGCAACACGGCUGAGCAUCUUCGCACCAUCUGGCACCCUUUGAUCCGAACACCCAACGAUAUCCACGCCCUGUCUCCUACCUCUUUCCUCAUCACAAACGACCAUUACCAUCGUGAGGGUCCGAAACGCGCCCUCGAAGACCUUUACUUUUACGCUCAAUGGACCGAGACUGUCCGCAUCGAGUUUGACCCCAAGGACAAGUCUACCGACGCCGCGGGCGUUAGAGGUCACGUCGUGCUGGACAACAUGCACAACAACAACGGCAUUGGCCGCGGACGCACCGAUAACGAGUUUGCCGUUGUCAGCGCGGCUAGCGGCAGACUACGCCUUGCGACACUCUCUGCCGCCGAUGCCGAACCCAAAGCAGUCAUUAACGAAGUCGUGUCGCUGGACUCGACACUCGACAACCCGUCCUACUUUGCCGAUCCGUACUACACCGCGACGGACGACAAGAGCGGUUUCGUUCUCGCCGGUCUCCGCAACGCUUACACUAUUGAAAAGGCGCGAGAGCACGACCAUGUCAUGGGAUCCAUGGUCUGGAAGGCCACCCCUGUACCGGGCAAGACGGCAGACAGCCCUGUGACGUGGGAGAAGCGCCUGCUUUUCGAAGACGACGGCCAGCGCAUCCCGUUUGCCACGGCGGCUCUGAUUGUCGGCAUUGAUCCGAAGAAGGAGGGUGGCAAGCGAAAGGGUUGGCUGUACAUUACUGGCCUCAUGGCCGAGAACGCUGUUGCUGUCAAGAUUGACCUUUAA